AUGGACGUGGACGUGGACGUGGACAUGGACGUGGACGUGGACGUGGACGUGGACCUGGACCUGGACAUGGACGUGGACGUGGACGAGGACGUGGACGUGGACGUGGACGAGGACGUGGACGUGGACGUGGACGUGGACGUGGACGUGGACGUGGACGUGGACAUGGACGUGGACGUGGACAUGGACGUGGACAUGGACGUGGACGUGGACAUGGACGUGGACGUGGACGUGGACAUGGACGUGGACAUGGACAUGGACGUGGACAUGGACGUGGACGUGGACGUGGACGUAGACGUGGACGUGGACGUGGACGUAGACGUGGACAUGGACGUGGACAUGGACGUGGAGGUGGACAUGGACGUGGACGUGGACAUGGACGUGGACGUGGACAUGGACGUGGACGUGGACAUGGACGUGGACAUGGACGUGGACAUGGACGUGGACGUGGACAUGGACGUGGACGUGGACGUAGACGUGGACGUGGACGUAGACGUGGACGUGGACAUGGACGUGGACAUGGACGUGGACAUGGACGUGGACGUGGACAUGGACGUGGACGUGGACGUAGACGUGGACGUGGACGUAGACGUGGACGUGGACAUGGACGUGGACGUAGACGUGGACGUGGACCUGGACGUGGACGUAGACAUGGACGUGAACAUGGACGUGGACUUGGACGUGGACGUGGACGUGGACGUGGACGUGGACAUGGACGUGGAUGUGGACGUGGACGUGGACGUAGAAAUGGACGUGGACGUGGACGUGGACGUGGACGUGGACGUGGACAUGGACGUGGACGUGGACAUGGACGUGGACGUGGACGUAGACGUGGACGUGGACGUAGACGUGGACAUGGACGUGGACGUAGACGUGGACGUGGACCUGGACGUGGACGUAGACAUGGACGUGAACAUGGACGUGGACUUGGACGUGGACGUGGACGUGGACGUGGACAUGGACGUGGAUGUGGACGUGGACGUGGACGUAGAAAUGGACGUGGACGUGGACGUGGACGUGGACGUGGACGUGGACAUGGACAUGGACGUGGACGUGGACGAGGACGUGGACGUGGACGUGGACGUGGACGUGGACAUGGACGUGGACAUGGACGUGGACGUGGACGUGGACAUGGACGUGGACGUGGACACGGACGUGGACAUGGACGUGGACGUGGACAUGGUCGUGGACGUGGACGUGGACAUGGACGUGGACGAGGACGUGGACACGGACGUGGACACGGACGUGGACAUGGACGUGGACGUGGACGUGGACGUGGACGUGGACAUGGACGUGGACGUGGACGUGGACGUGGACGUGGACAUGGACGUCGUGGACGUGGACGUGGACGUGGACGUGGACAUGGACGUGGACAUGGACGUGGACGUGGACGUGGACGUGGACAUGGACGUGGACGUGGACAUGGACGUAGACAUGGACGUGGACGUGGACGUGGACGUGGACGUGGACGUGGACGUGGAGGUGGACGUAGACAUGGACGUGGACAUGGACGUGGACUUGGACGUGGACGUGGACAUGGACGUGGACGUGGACAUGGACGUGGACGUGGACGUGGACGUGGACGUGGACGUGGACGUGGACGUUGACAUGGACGUGGACGUGGACGUGGACGUGGACGUGGACAUGGACGUGGACGUGGACGUGGACGUAGACGUAGACGUGGACGUGGACGUAGACAUGGACGUGGAUGUGGACGUGGACGUGGACGUAGAAAUGGACGUGGACGUGGACGUGGACGUGGACGUGGACGUGGACAUGGACGUGGACGUGGACAUGGACGUGGACGUAGACGUGGACGUGGACGUAGACGUGGACGUGGACAUGGACGUGGACGUAGACGUGGACGUGGACCUGGACGUGGACGUAGACAUGGACGUGAACAUGGACGUGGACUUGGACGUGGACGUGGACGUGGACGUGGACAUGGACGUGGAUGUGGACGUGGACGUGGACGUAGAAAUGGACGUGGACGUGGACGUGGACGUGGACGUGGACAUGGACAUGGACGUGGACGUGGACGAGGACGUGGACGUGGACGUGGACGUGGACGUGGACGUGGACGUGGACGUGGACAUGGACGUGGACGUGGACGUGGACAUGGACGUGGACGUGGACACGGACGUGGACAUGGACGUGGACGUGGACAUGGUCGUGGACGUGGACGUGGACAUGGACGCGGACGAGGACGUGGACACGGACGUGGACACGGACGUGGACAUGGACGUGGACGUGGACGUGAACGUGGACAUGGACGUGGACGUGGACGUGGACGUGGACAUGGACGUCGUGGACGUGGACGUGGACGUGGACGUGGACGUGGACGUGGACAUGGACGUGGACAUGGACGUGGACGUAGACGUGGACGUGGACAUGGACGUGGACGUGGACAUGGACGUAGACAUGGACGUGGACGUGGACGUGGACGUGGACGUGGACGUGGACGUGGACGUGGACGUGGAGGUGGACGUAGACAUGGACGUGGACAUGGACGUGGACUUGGACGUGGACGUGGACAUGGACGUGGACGUGGACAUGGACGUGGACGUGGACGUGGACGUGGACGUGGACGUGGACGUGGACAUGGACGUGGAUGUGGACGUGGACGUGGACGUGGACGUGGACGUGGACGUGGACAUGGACGUGGACGUGGACGUGGACGUAGACGUAGACGUGGACGUGGACGUAGACAUGGACGUGGACGUGGACAUGGACGUGGACGUGGACGUGGACGUGGACGUGGACGUGGACGUGGACGUGGACGUGGACAUGGACGUGGACAUGGACGUGGACGUGGACGUGGACGUGGACGUGGACGUGGACGUGGACGUGGACGUGGACGUGGAUGUGGACGUGGACGUGGACGUGGACGUGGACGUGGACGUGGACGUGGACGUGGACAUGGACGUGGACGUGGACGUAGAAAUGGACGUGGACGUGGACGUGGACGUGGACAUGGACGUGGACGUGGACGAGGACGUGGACGUGGACGAGGACGUGGACGUGGACGUGGACAUGGACGUGGACAUGGACGUAGACGUGGACGUGGACAUGGACGUGGACAUGGACGUGGACAUGGACGUGGACGUGGACGUGGACGUGGACAUGGACGUGGACGUGGACGUGGACGUGGACAUGGACGUGGACAUGGACGUAGACGUGGACGUGGACAUGGACGUGGACAUGGACGUAGACGUGGACGUGGACAUGGACGUGGACAUGGACGUGGACAUGGACGUGGACGUGGACGUGGAGGUGGACGUAGACAUGGACGUGGACAUGGACGUGGACUUGGACGUGGACGUGGACAUGGACGUGGACGUGGACAUGGACGUGGACGUGGACGUGGACGUGGACGUGGACGAGGACGUGGACGUGGACGUGGACGUGGACAUGGACGUGGACAUGGACGUGGACAUGGACGUGGACGUGGACGUGGAGGUGGACGUAGACAUGGACGUGGACAUGGACGUGGACUUGGACGUGGACGUGGACAUGGACGUGGACGUGGACAUGGACGUGGACGUGGACGUGGACGUGGACGUGGACGUGGACGUGGACAUGGACGUGGAUGUGGACGUGGACGUGGACGUGGACGUGGACAUGGACGUGGACGUGGACGUGGACGUAGACGUAGACGUGGACGUGGACGUAGACAUGGACGUGGAUGUGGACGUGGACGUGGACGUGGACGUGGACGUGGACGUGGACGUGGACGUGGACGUGGACAUGGACGUGGACGUGGACAUGGACGUGGACGUGGACGUAGACGUGGACGUGGACGUAGACGUGGACGUGGACAUGGACGUGGACGUAGACGUGGACGUGGACCUGGACGUGGACGUAGACAUGGACGUGAACAUGGACGUGGACUUGGACGUGGACGUGGACGUGGACGUGGACGUGGACAUGGACGUGGAUGUGGACGUGGACGUGGACGUAGAAAUGGACGUGGACGUGGACGUGGACGUGGACGUGGACGUGGACAUGGACAUGGACGUGGACGUGGACGAGGACGUGGACGUGGACGUGGACGUGGACGUGGACGUGGACAUGGACGUGGACGUGGACGUGGACACGGACGUGGACGUGGACACGGACGUGGACAUGGACGUGGACGUGGACAUGGUCGUGGACGUGGACGUGGACAUGGACGUGGACGAGGACGUGGACACGGACGUGGACACGGACGUGGACAUGGACGUGGACGUGGACGUGGACGUGGACGUGGACAUGGACGUGGACGUGGACGUGGACGUGGACGUGGACGUGGACAUGGACGUCGUGGACGUGGACGUGGACGUGGACGUGGACGUGGACAUGGACGUGGACAUGGACGUGGACGUGGACGUGGACGUGGACAUGGACGUGGACGUGGACAUGGACGUAGACAUGGACGUGGACGUGGACGUGGACGUGGACGUGGACGUGGACGUGGAGGUGGACGUAGACAUGGACGUGGACAUGGACGUGGACUUGGACGUGGACGUGGACAUGGACGUGGACGUGGACAUGGACGUGGACGUGGACGUGGACGUGGACGUGGACGUGGACGUGGACGUGGACGAGGACGUGGACGUGGACGUGGACGUGGACAUGGACGUGGACAUGGACGUAGACGUGGACGUGGACAUGGACGUGGACAUGGACGUGGACAUGGACGUGGACGUGGACGUGGAGGUGGACGUAGACAUGGACGUGGACAUGGACGUGGACUUGGACGUGGACGUGGACAUGGACGUGGACGUGGACAUGGACGUGGACGUGGACGUGGACGUGGACGUGGACGUGGACGUGGACGUGGACAUGGACGUGGACGUGGACGUGGACGUGGACGUGGACGUGGACAUGGACGUGGACGUGGACGUGGACGUAGACGUAGACGUGGACGUGGACGUAGACAUGGACGUGGAUGUGGACGUGGACGUGGACGUAGAAAUGGACGUGGACGUGGACGUGGACGUGGACGUGGACGUGGACAUGGACGUGGACGUGGACAUGGACGUGGACGUGGACGUAGACGUGGACGUGGACGUAGACGUGGACGUGGACAUGGACGUGGACGUAGACGUGGACGUGGACCUGGACGUGGACGUAGACAUGGACGUGAACAUGGACGUGGACUUGGACGUGGACGUGGACGUGGACGUGGACGUGGACAUGGACGUGGAUGUGGACGUGGACGUGGACGUAGAAAUGGACGUGGACGUGGACGUGGACGUGGACGUGGACGUGGACAUGGACAUGGACGUGGACGUGGACGAGGACGUGGACGUGGACGUGGACGUGGACGUGGACGUGGACAUGGACGUGGACGUGGACAUGGACGUGGACACGGACGUGGACAUGGACGUGGACGUGGACAUGGUCGUGGACGUGGACGUGGACAUGGACGUGGACGAGGACGUGGACACGGACGUGGACACGGACGUGGACAUGGACGUGGACGUGGACGUGGACGUGGACGUGGACAUGGACGUGGACGUGGACGUGGACGUGGACGUGGACGUGGACAUGGACGUCGUGGACGUGGACGUGGACGUGGACGUGGACGUGGACGUGGACAUGGACGUGGACAUGGAUGUGGACGUGGACGUGGACGUGGACAUGGACGUGGACGUGGACAUGGACGUAGACAUGGACGUGGACGUGGACGUGGACGUGGACGUGGACGUGGACGUGGAGGUGGACGUAGACAUGGACGUGGACAUGGACGUGGACUUGGACGUGGACGUGGACAUGGACGUGGACGUGGACAUGGACGUGGACGUGGACGUGGACGUGGACGUGGACGUGGACGUGGACGUGGACGAGGACGUGGACGUGGACGUGGACGUGGACAUGGACGUGGACAUGGACGUAGACGUGGACGUGGACGUGGACGUGGACAUGGACGUGGACAUGGACGUGGACGUGGACGUGGAGGUGGACGUAGACAUGGACGUGGACAUGGACGUGGACUUGGACGUGGACGUGGACAUGGACGUGGACGUGGACAUGGACGUGGACGUGGACGUGGACGUGGACGUGGACGUGGACGUGGACAUGGACGUGGAUGUGGACGUGGACGUGGACGUGGACGUGGACAUGGACGUGGACGUGGACGUGGACGUAGACGUAGACGUGGACGUGGACGUAGACAUGGACGUGGAUGUGGACGUGGACGUGGACGUAGAAAUGGACGUGGACGUGGACGUGGACGUGGACGUGGACGUGGACGUGGACAUGGACGUGGACGUGGACAUGGACGUGGACGUGGACGUAGACGUGGACGUGGACGUAGACGUGGACGUGGACAUGGACGUGGACGUAGACGUGGACGUGGACCUGGACGUGGACGUAGACAUGGACGUGAACAUGGACGUGGACUUGGACGUGGACGUGGACGUGGACGUGGACGUGGACAUGGACGUGGAUGUGGACGUGGACGUGGACGUAGAAAUGGACGUGGACGUGGACGUGGACGUGGACGUGGACGUGGACAUGGACAUGGACGUGGACGUGGACGAGGACGUGGACGUGGACGUGGACGUGGACGUGGACGUGGACGUGGACAUGGACGUGGACGUGGACGUGGACAUGGACGUGGACGAGGACAUGGACGUGGACGUGGACAUGGUCGUGGACGUGGACGUGGACAUGGACGUGGACGAGGACGUGGACACGGACGUGGACACGGACGUGGACGUGGACGUGGACGUGGACAUGGACGUCGUGGACGUGGACGUGGACGUGGACGUGGACGUGGACAUGGACGUGGACAUGGACGUGGACGUGGACGUGGACGUGGACAUGGACGUGGACGUGGACAUGGACGUAGACAUGGACGUGGACGUGGACGUGGACGUGGACGUGGACGUGGACGUGGAGGUGGACGUAGACAUGGACGUGGACAUGGACGUGGACUUGGACGUGGACGUGGACAUGGACGUGGACGUGGACAUGGACGUGGACGUGGACGUGGACGUGGACGUGGACGUGGACGUGGACAUGGACGUGGAUGUGGACGUGGACGUGGACGUGGACGUGGACGUGGACGUGGACAUGGACGUGGACGUGGACGUGGACAUGGACGUGGACGUAGACGUGGACGUGGACGUGGACGUGGACGUGGACAUGGACGUGGACGUGGACGUGGACGUGGACGUGGACGUGGACGUGGACGUGGACGUGGACAUGGACGUGGACAUGGACGUGGACGUGGACGUGGACGUGGACGUGGACGUGGACGUGGACAUGGACGUGGACAUGGACACACAAGCAUGA